AUGUUGCAUGAUUCAUCAGAUGAUUUUGGACCACUGGCCAAUACAUGGGGAUCUCAACCAAAACCUCUGGCUGAUUGGAAUGCACUUAUAGACCCAGAUUCUGUUAAAACAUCUCGUGGUAUUGGGAGUGGAAACCUCCAUCGCAAAGGCCCCAACUUUAUACCCGUAGAUGAACAAGUCAUUAUCAGUCAACGACUCAAGAAAGGUGUUUUAACUAAAGCCAACCCCCCUCUUAAUAAGUCAGCACCAAAAUCCCAAGAGAGUUUUAGUCGACAGUUAAAAUCACCAAAGAAGCACACCCAAUCUUCUUCGACACAGAAUUUCGGGAAGGCUAACAAUUUGCCCCUAACUUCUUCCGGGAGUAAAGAAAGGAAUAAGGACUAUGAAGGUGAAAAGACUCGCAAUAUAGUUUCUCUUGGUGGUCUUUCUCCAAAUAAUCCUCGCCAGCCUGACAAUCAAUCAAAAAAUUCAAUUCCCAAAUCUACAACUGUACGAUCUCCAGCCAGAGGGAAAACUUCCAACAGCAACAACCCAUGGCUUAAUACAGCCUUGUCAGAAGAAUAUUUCUGGGGAAUAAAAGCUGCAACCGAAAACUCACCAACCGAUAUAGCUACGGGGACACCUUCAUCUUCUACACCUCAUAAUACAAAAAAUACCUUUAAUCGAAACCAACAAUUAAGAGAACAAGGUGAACAAACUGUCUACUCACCCAUGCCACAAACUCAGAAACAGCCAGGUCCUUUCUCACGACCUUUUAAUUACUCCAACAACUCCCUCUCUAAAGCAUCACCUGUAUCGGGUGAAUCCCAGACAGUGUUCAGCCGAUCUUCCCCAGCUAUCAAUCCAGACUCCCAAACAGUGUACAGUCGAUCAUCGUCAAACUUUAGCACUAGAUCCGAGACGAUAUUCAGUCGACCGCCUGGGCCCGAUUCUAAUAUCUCUUCUGUCAAACCUAUUCAGAAAAUACUUUAUCCUGCUGGAACUACAGCGGGAACCGAAGAUUCUGAUUCUGGUUUGAGUAGAUACUCUAACCCAAACCGGCAGAAAUACUCCAGACCAGCUGGCUCAUACGCUCCUGUACCAUCAAAUUACCAGCUCAAACAGGGCCCGCAUCCUCCUUUGCGUGUUGCACCUCCGUCUCUAGCAGAUAACCCAAUUAUAAUCAAGAUAAAUAUUGAUAUAGGCAAGAAGAAUCCAGUAUCAGUUAAUAUUCGCCUACUGGAUGAUCCCGUAGUCUUGGCUGAACGCUUCAUUAAGACCCAUAAAAUUACCUCAUCUUCUGCAUUUCAACUAAUCGAAAAUCUGCUUACCAGCCAAAAGGAAAUAGCGAUGAAGGGACGGGAUGUAUCGCAUAGAUAG